UACCAGUCUAUACCAGGACGUCCAGCACCAUAUUGUGUUCACGGUCGUCGGAAUUUCAUUACUGAUCCUACUUGCACAUUUCUGUAUUUUGUACAAGUAGAAGAGCCAGUGACAAUGCCAGAUCUCAACGAGACACCAAUGGAUCGCUUUAGGCAUACACUGUAUAAGAUCAUAGACACUCCAGUCAGCCUGUUUAGAGAAAGGGUUGUGGAGCCAAAUAGAAAAUCGUAUCCAUACUAUCAUCGGAAGUUCAAACGGGUUCCAAACAUUGACACGUGCGACGUUGGGGACUAUGUCUGCUUUGUUGAGGCACAUGAACAGUUCAGAAGAGACAAGUUGGUUGAGAGUGAAAUCUUGGCUAUACUAAGGCAAAGGAGAGAAGCAUGUAUUGCAUACGAAGGAGCCGACUGGAAGAAAAAGUGCCAGCAAGUUAUGGAUGAUUACACCAAUGCAGAAACUAACUGGUUCAUUAAGUAUGGAGAUUUGGGGGCGUACGGUAAUGUCAAGGAUGCAUACAUGAAACAGAAACAUCGACUAAUCUGGCAGAGACGUCAUCCAGAGAUUGAGGAUUAGUAAUUCGUGAUUUCUAGUAGACAUAUGGCAGGCAGGUGACUCUGCACUGUAGUUUUCUCAAUAGGCUGGUUGGUUCUUUGGCUGUUGCUGUAGCUAUGUCUAGGUAUGAGCAAUGAAACCGAGCAGGUUUUGUUCAGUGUUAUGUUGCAAUACCAGUGAGGUCAUACACCAUUCUUGGGUUUAAGAAACCUUAGAGUUAAAAAUCAGCUGCUCAUAAUGCUGAUUUCUUCGUAGAUAUAAGUUACAGGAUGCCCGAUUGCAUAGGCACACUACCAUUGUAAUUUCUUAUGUUUGCGUAGGCACACUAUCAUCAGAGUUUUUUCUCCAUUAUUUAUGUUAAAUUUUUCUUUAGUUAAGGCUGUUACAACAAUGCACGAUGCUAGACUAUGUCACUCACAACACAAGAAUUCAAAUUCUUAGCUGUGUAACCUUCCCAUAGUCUCCUGCAAUAUUUACAGUUAACGUUGUUAUGAUAUGUUGAUUAAAUAAUAAAAAAUUACAUGAUAUAAUCA